GAUAAAGACGCAGUUUUUGAGGCGCGCGGGCCUGAUUCGUUUGUUCCACAGAAUAUUCAGCGUUUGCUAGGAUUACGAGUUUGUGGUUGUUUGGUUCGAUCGUCGCUUGUUGAGUUUUUAGUUUGAAGGAUUUCAUGUUGUGUACAGCAAGUGCAAUUCGUUUGAUGGAUAUUUCCAGGUGUUUGAAUGUGCUUCAAACGGAUAGUUUCUUAGCUAGUGAAUACAACCAUCACUGGAAAUAAGUGAACAGUGUCCUAAAUUUAGUGAAUUGCAAUCCCGAUCAAAGCGAGUUUUUCAGCUCAACCGCGAAGCAGAAGCGUUGCACGAUUUUCGUCCCGUUCCGCGGCCUCCAGUUGCAGUGUGUGCUCCUGCGGAUUCUAUCGUCGUGGUGCUGCUGAAAACUGGCGUUACAUCAACGACCGAGAUGCACGUUUCGGAUCAAUAACUAUUGCAGAACGAUAUAGCGUUGCAGUGUCAAAACGAGCAAAGUGAAACAGGAGCUUCAAAGGUGGUAGCCAGCGGAGGGCGCCCCACUCUACUGAUUGAGACUGAUUCGCAACGCAUCCUCACCGAUGCUGUAUAGUCGGUGAUCAAAAUGAAACACUUCUUGUACAUAAUACUGAUCUCGAUUCUACUCAGCAAACACUACGGUUUGACGCACGUCAUUCGGAAACGACAAUUGUUCAGAGAACAAGUACUGCCACAUGCCGGGGGGAAAAUACCGGAUUCCGCUUUUCACACCGACCGCUUGGCGCUAAAUCAGCUCCAGAAGGAGGGAAUCGCUGUCCCGGAUGGAGUCCUGUUGGAACAGAGACGCCAUCAGGUUUUCCCCCAUCCGUACCGUUCGGCACGGCCAACGUUUCUGGUGGCCCAAACCUCCGACGGACGAUACACUUCCUCCGAGGGACAUUUCGGACACAACGGAAUCGGUGCUGUGGACAGCACCUAUGCCAUUCCGAUGCCAUGGGAGAAAGAUCUGUAUCAGAUGCACACUGCCAAGUUUUACCACACGCUUCCGCUAGCAGUUCCAGUGUUCAAAGAACUUCGAAUACCGCAGCAUUCGGUGUUCAACUUCGACUAUAGUAAUCUUAAAAGUAAGUUGCAACCAGAGUUGGCGCAAAGGCCCGUUGCGGUUCAUUCGACUGCUCCCGUUGUGCCCUCCUACAACCCCACAGUGAGCCUGUUCCACAGUCACAGCUCGAAGCCAAGUUUGUCAUCGCCGCAAAAUUUUGUCAGCUACCACGCAGCUUUAGGUAACCUGUUGAAUUACCAACCAGCUUAUGCGUACGGUAACGCCUGGAGUCCGCUGGGUGUGUUUCAUCAGGAUCCCAACUUUCUAUCCCACCCACUUAGCAGUUUCGAGGACUUUUACGGCGAUCCUAGCGGCAAACAACGCUAUUACCGAAAUGUGAAUCAUCAGGAGAUGGUUGGCUCGCCGGGAGUGUCCGGGGGGCGAACGCGCCAGUCUCGGACCAGCACCAGUCGAAUCCAGCAGCAACGGCAGGCUCUCGUCAAAGGAGGAAAAACGCUGCCUUUGUUAACAACGGCAACAGGAGCCGGAGUAACAUCAUCUUUAGUGUCUUCCACGCGGACAUCCACUUACACUGAAACAAUGCUAAAGCUUGCGUUCGUCGCCGCUGCCGGGCUGCUGUGUGCGGUUCAGUGCAUCAAGGUCGAUUACUACGGUUCCCUGUACAAUCGGGAUGAGCUGCACGCACCGUACAAAAGUGAACAUGAAGAAAAGCAGGACUUCAACAAGAUACCCGGCGUCCCGGGAGUAGACUAUCCGGUUUAUCACGAGGUACCGCACACCAGCUUCAGCUGCGAUCACGUUCCGGCCGUUCCGGGAAUGUAUGCCAACGUAGAAACCGGCUGCCAGGCUUACCACACUUGCCACGAUGGCCGUGAGGGACCCCAAGGAGCGUCCUUCCUGUGCACCAAUGGAACCGUUUUCAACCAGAAGGAAUUCGCUUGCGACUGGUGGUAUAACGUCAAGUGUGAGGAAGCACCCAGCCUAUACCAUUUGAAUUCGGAUCCGGAGCACAAUCCUUUCGUGCCGAAAAAGAAACCGGAGGACGAGCUGUAUCACAAGAAGUUCCUGAUCAACGUUUAGAGGAUUGUCGGCUAAGUAGCUACAAUCUGAUUGUUUUGUUACUUGUUUAGAAAAGAAAGCUGAAAUGUGUCCAGAGAAACUUGUAAGAUGUGUAUAUAUUCUUUCUAGUAAAAAUUGGUAGGAAAA